AUGACUAGGAUCAAUUCAUCAUCUUUAUCUCACAUUGCAGCCACUAUCAAGCUUCCUCCCUGGUCUAAACAUUUUCGUUUACAGUGUUGGUUCCCUCUUUCAAUCUUAAUCGAUUCCAACUGCAACAGGGUUUUGUUUUCUCAUAAAAAUGCAAACAGAAGGGAGGUGAAAGAUGCGGGAAAGAAUGGUGUGACUGAAAGAGAGAUCGAGAAGGAGGAGGAUGUAGCAGGGGUGGCGAUACGGUGUGAAAUGCAUUCAAGAAGUGAAGGAAACUACGGGAAAUCGAUGGGAGUUCUCCCUGUUCGUGUUGGAAUUGGUUUCCGAUGA